GUGGUGCUGGUGGUGGCGGCCAACCAGCAGAUGCGCAGCACCACCAACCUGCUCAUCAUCAACCUGGCCGUGGCCGACCUGCUCUUCAUCGUGUUCUGCGUGCCGUUCACCGGCACCGACUACGCGCUCACCUUCUGGCCGCUGGGCGACACCUGGUGCAAGAUCGUCCAGUACCUCAUCGUGGUCACGUCCAUGGCGUCCGUCUACACGCUCGUGCUCAUGUCGCUCGACCGCUUCCUUGCCGUCGUCUACCCCAUCUCGUCCAUGACGGUGAGUUAAACGAUAGUGCAGGGA